AACGUGAAGCAGCCGCCGGAAGUGGGAAAGGAACUGUGUUUUGUUGUUGUUGUUGCUGCGGCGGCGGGGCUCUCGGUUCGUGGCUGGCUCGCCAUGGUCUGCGAGAAGUGUGAGAGAAAGCUUGGUACUGUAAUUACACCUGAUACAUGGAAAGAUGGUGCAAGAAACACUACGGAAAGUGGCGGGAGAAAACUAAAUGAAAACAAAGCAUUGACAUCAAAGAAGGCAAGGUUUGAUCCCUAUGGCAAAAAUAAAUUUGCAAUAUGCCGAAUCUGUAAAAGUUCAGUUCAUCAGCCAGGUUCUCACUACUGUCAGGGAUGUGCAUACAAAAAGGGCAUCUGCGCAAUGUGUGGGAAGAAAGUAUUGGAUACAAAAAACUACAAGCAAACAUCUGUUUAAUUCUGCACUCUGAGCCUUUAUUGGUUGAAUGUGGAAACGGUGAAAUUUGAUCACUGCUGGAAAUAUUACAGAAAAUGAAAGGUCCUUCAGAAUUAGCAUGUACUUUUAGUUCCAUUGUUUUAGUUCUGAAUUUAAACCUGGGUAAAUGUUUUUUUAACUCAAGCUUGUAUUGAUUUACAUUAAGAGAGCUCUAUUGUAUUUUGAUAAUUUAAUGUGGUCACAAUCUUUAUUUGUAUUUUUGAUUGUGUAAUACAGAGAGGGAUCUGCCAGUGGCACUUAAUUACAUGAUAGAAAAAUAUUUGAUUGCAUCACAUCUUGAACUUUCACUAUCUAAAGGUGGAUAUAUUUCAUAUUUUCUUCCUUCAAUAACUCUGUUAUAUAUGGAUUUAGAGGCUGUGUGUUCCAGAGUCUUCCAGAAGAAGAGUUGCAGAGGAACUAAAAGUGGCACCAAAGCAUUCAUGACAGGAUACAUCUUAAGUGCAUAAAAUGUACAAUCUGCAUCCCAGCAAGGCAGCCAUUGUUCAUUGGAACCUCCAUAAAGUUUCUAGUUGUGACACUUUCCAAAAUUAAGAAAAACAACAGGCUGUUGAGCAUGUAGCAGAUUACCGUACAGAGCUGUUGGGCUUCAUUCUAUCUGAUGGGACAUAUAUUCUGAAGUCUUGAUAAGUACUAAGUUCAGUGUCUCUUAACACUGUUGUUAUUAUUUUAGUCUAGUUUUGUUGAUGUGAAAUUUAAAUUUGAGUUAACUGGCAUGGUAUAGUCUCAUCGUGUAAAAUUAGUGUUGAGGCAUUCUUGUACAUAAAGGAGGAACUGUAUAUAAUUUCCCAGUUUGUUGCAUUAAAAGAUUAAGGCAACUGCCCAUAU